AUGGAACGAUAUAAAACUAUUACUUCCGAUAUCCAUUUUGUUAAUGCGUCGUGUGAUACAUUCGACGGACUUAAAAAUAGUGAUAAAUACAACACAGAAUCCAAUGAUCCCUUACAAGGACUAGGUAGUGAAAUCAAACCAAAGUUUUACAGAGUCAAUAGUGAAGUGUUCGCUGAACCAUUCGAAACUAUUUCAGAUGGACUUAAAUCUCAUAAAAGUGGGAUAAUCAACCCAGAGACUCACCAAGAUAAAAUCAUUGUUGUCGAUAAUGUGAUCGUGCAGCAACGAACUGGCAAGAAAUAUAAAAAAUAUCACAUCAAUUUUGAAGAUCCAUCAAGCUUAUCUUGUCCACAGCCGAACUGCAAUCGCAGUUUCUCAUUAACGAAACUCUUAAAGGCACACAUACGAAAAGUCCACUGCGCAGACAAGAAUAGAUGUAUUUGCGAAGUGUGCGGUGAUAAGUUCUCCAGCCAAUACCUGCUGGUGAGGCACUCUGCUGUACAUAACGGUAGGACAGUAAAGUGUCCUGUCUGUGAUAAGGUGCUGAGUGAGAGGACUAGUCUAAGCGUCCACUUGCGGACACACUCCGGUGUGAGACCCCACGCGUGUUCGGUCUGCGCUAAGUCCUUCUUGCGGAAGUCAACCCUGAACAAUCACGUCAAGUUCGUCCACAGAGAGAGUCAGCUGCAAUGUCCGAAGUGCCAAGAGAGGUUCGAAACCCGUUCGCAAUGGACCCGCCACCUGACGAGUCAUCGAGCGAACAAGGCAGAUGGGGUACCGAGCUAA